GGGGCCAGGACCGCCAUUUCGUUCGGCGGGGCUGGGGCCGGGGCCGGGAGCGGCGGGAGGAGCCGCGGUCCCUCUGUGUUCUGUCUCCAGUGCCGAGCGGAGCUGCCGGGCCCCGCGGAGCCCCGGGAGCUGUUCCAGGCAUGAGUGCCCAGGCCUGCCCCCAGCACUGAGAGCCCUGAGCCGCCAGGAUGCCGAUCCCUCCUCCCCCGCCGCCGCCCCCCGGCCCCCCGCCGCCCCCCACCCUCAGCCAGGCGAACACGGAACCGCCGAAGCUGAGCCGAGAGGAGCAGCGGGGCCGCGGGGCCCUCCUGCAGGACAUCUGUAAAGGGACCAAGCUCAGGAAAGUGACCCAAAUCAAUGACCGGAGUGCACCCAUCCUGGAAAAGCCCAAGGGCAGCGGCGGCAGCAGCUACGGCUCCGGCUCAGCUGCCAUCCAGCCCAAGGGCGGCCUCUUCCAAGGCGGCGUUCCCAAGCUCAGACCUGUGGGAGCCAAGGACAACUCAGACAGCUCCACUAAGCAAACACUACAAGUCCCUGGCUCCCGAGCAGCUGCUCCCAGGCCCCCCGUGCCGGCCAACAACAGCCGCCCUCAGGACGAUGCCGACAGCAGCCGGGGCUCCCCACCGGAACUGCCGCGCACGCAGAGACCCUCCCUGCCUGACCUGUCCCGGCCCGGCGCCGCCGGUGGCACCGGCAUGAAGCACAGCUCCUCGGCCCCGGCCCCGCCGCCGGACGCGCGCCGCCGCCCCCGGCCCCCUCCAGCGCACGCCAAGGCCUCGCCCUACAACCGGGAGAAGCCGCUGCCGCCCACCCCGGGACAGCGCCCGCCCGGCAGCAGGGACGGGCCCCCCGCCCCGCCGCCCAUCAAACCCCCUCCUUCCCCCGUCAGCCUCCGCUCGGCCGCUCAGGGCCAGUCCCGCCCCCCGCCUCCCCCUUACCGGCAGCCCCCCGGUGUCCCCAACGGCCCCUCCAGCCCCAGCAGCGAGUCGGCCCCGGAGCUGCCGCAGAGACACAACUCCUUGCACAGGAAGGCACCGGGUCCCUUGCGGGGUCUGGCGCCGCCGCCGCCCGCUGCUGCCUCCCCGAACCUGCAGAGCAGCCGCCCCCCGCCGCCGGCCAGGGACCCCCCGAGCCGUGGAGCAGCUCCGCCGCCCCCGCCGCCGAUGCUGCGGAACGGAGGGCGCGACGCCCCCCCGCCCCCACCCCCCUACAGACUGCACGGCCCCGCCGAGCCCCCAGCGGGGAAGCCCCCGCCGCCACCCACCCGGACCCCGGCCGGGCCCCCGCCGCCGCCGCCGCCCGUGCGCAACGGGCACCGGGACUCCAUCUCCACCGUCAGAGCAUUCCUGGAUGACUUUGAAUCCAAAUACUCCUUUCAUCCCGUUGAAGACUUCCCAGCCCCAGAGGAAUAUAAAUAUUUCCAGAGAAUCUACCCCAGCAAAACAAACAGAGCCACUCGUGGGGCUCCCCCUCUGCCCCCCAUCCCCAGGUGAAAGCGGGCUGUGCGGGUGGAUUGUUCCAGAGCAGAGACACGGAGCUCCUUCCCCUUCCUCAGCCGGCCCCCCAGCUCCCAGCACCCCGGAUCCUGCAUGACACACUCCCAGCCUCUCUGGUUCUCCCAGGACACCAGAUCCCCCCAGUGCAGCGUGCUCCGCCAGCCCCGCCUCAUCUAUGCACCCCCCGGGAGGCAGUGACCUCGUGGCAAGCCUGGAUGGGUCCAUCCCUCAUUGCUCCUCAUGGAUCCAGCGUCGGGAUCUGCCUGGGAGCCGGGCAUGGGACUUGAGGCUGAGCUGUGUGCCGGCUGUUGGGACCAGGGGGGCUCAUGGAGGGGGGGGCUGGGCUCAGGCAGGGAAUGGACACGCUGUGAGACCCCCCCAGAGCAAGGGGGAGCAGGGACAGGCCGGCAGAGCCUUGUGAUCCUGGUGGAACCUUGUUGUCCCGGCACAGCCCAUUGCUUUUUUGCACAGGAGCCAGUGGAGGCAGGGGGGGACAUGAGUGGGACCAUGCAGGGACACCCCAACAGCUGGUGGGGACCCCCUUUCUCUGACCCCACAGGGGGGCACCCCCAUGUGGCCCCCUCAAAACCGCUGCUCCCCUGGCACUUCCCCCUGGGAUUCCCCUGGCUCUCGCUGCUGACUCCCCCCGAACUUGAGCAUUUUAACGAGAAAACACUAAU